UACAGCUUUUCAUUUCUUGAUUGUUUUUUUCAAAAUUGAUUUUUAGUGGAGUUAAACUCAGCCAAGACAGAUUUUCUCACCCUCCUCUUAUUUACAUCCAAAGGAAGAACAAAGUUCCUUGCAUCUAAGAAGUGCAUGUGUGUCUUUGUCCCAGAUGACUGUGAGCAUUAGUAAUAAACUAAAUACUGUGUAGGUUAAUAAGAGAGCAACAGCAGUGAAGAAGUUAGGCUACUAUUUGUCAGAAGACAGAAUGAUUACAGCAAAUACUGCAGUAAAAGAGAAAGAAGAUUCUUACCACCAGUUUUAAGGAGUUCUCUCCGCAACUGUGAUCAAAAUAAGGGCUUAUCAGGUGUAUAGUUUGCUUUAGUACAGAAGGCAGUAAAAAUCUUAAUGUUUCUUCAGUGCUUUUUUUUUUUAAAGAGAAAAGAGUGAGCUGCUACAUGCUGCUAGAAAAAAAAAAAAAAAAAAAAAGUUUGGACUACUUUGAUUUGUAAAACUUUAUCUGAUAACUAUUUUUAGCUAUUGCAGAGUCACAUAUUAUAGUCAUCCUGAGACUGUUCCCGAGGUUUUCAGCAACUGAACAUACGCAGAGAAGUCACUGUAGAAGCAUACCAUAAAAAGAUGUAGCUUUAUCAGAGUCUUCUGAUGCACAAAAACUACGCUCAGACAGAGUGGCACCAGAAGGAAGUCUCAUAACAGAGUGCACUCUUGCAUACUGCAUUUGUUGUCUCUUAAUAGAUGGGAAGAGACUAUUUGUGUGAAGGUUUUUUUUUUUUUUAAUAGUUUAGACACAAACACAAAAUAGCCUGUGUAAAAUAGUUAUUGUAAAUGAGUGCUGUCACUGGGUCGCUGCAGAAGGUGACAUGCUGAGAGGAUCACCGAGUGAAGUAAUAUACCAGAGAAUCAGUUCUUUGGCAUUUACUUUUUAAAAAUAAUUCUUUUUGCUUGUAAUCAGUUUUAAUAUUUGGAUAUCAGCUCCUUGACUGUACUCAGUGUCUGGUAUAAACAAUUUUUGGUUUUUAUGCGUAAUGGUUGAGACAAUCCAACCACUGUAGCUUCUGAAAGUAUUUGUUUGCUUCAGAAACAUAAGUUCCAUCAAAUUUUGGUCUUCAUUCCUAAAUCAUCAGCACCCUUCAAACUCUGUAAUGAAAUUUACCCUUAAAAUAUCCUGUGAAACAGAGACAUUUUGUCACUGAACUUGAAUGAACCCAACCCCAGUGACACCAGACUUGAGUCCUGGUUUUCCCCGCAUGUAUGAUCUGAUCAAGAAUCCCAGUUCUUCCAUUGCAAACAGCUGUAAGUUAGUUUAGACACAACCUGGAGAAUAUCAUCUUGCUGCUAGGGAAGAGGCUACAGCAUGGGGAGAAGCAUUUUCAUCAGCUUAGUUGUGUCUGAAUAUCACUGCUAAGCAGUUUGAGGUUCGUUACAGUUAUGCAUGACCUUAGCUGGUAAAUACUUGUAAUCUAUGAUCUAUACUGAAACACAUCACUACUAAUACUGCACAUUGCUAGAUGAAAGCUGGCUGAGGUGUGCCUACCCAUCCCAUGGUCACAUUUCACAGUUACUGCGUAGGCAUAGCUUGAGUGAAAAUACACAGCAGCUUUGUGGGAGGACAACAAACUGAACACAGGAAUUGCCUGUCACCAGAGAGCAGAUUCCUUGCUGCUUCUGCCUGCAGAUUUUAGCAUCACUUCAGCUCUUACUCAGAGAGGAAAUUUGAUCUGCUAUAACACGGAAACAUCAGCAGUGACCAUGGCGGGACAAAUUCCUUAGGGAGCUGCCUGUAAGUCUGAUCAACACUUAAGAUGAAAAGUGUUGCAUGUUCUUUGACAGGAUGUUACAUGCAGAGUUUAGCUAUAUAAGGCAAUUUCUGAGGCAAUAAGGGAAUAUUCAGGAACACAAGUUUCUGCUGUGAGCAGAUUUUCAAGCCAAGUGUUCAUGAUAUGAUCAAGCUAGCUUACAGAGAACAAGAACACUCUUUUGAAUAAUGGUUAAAAACGGAUCCCACCUGGAUGCUGAAACACUUGCAAUGCUUCAAAAUAAAGCUAUCUCCAUCACUCUCCCAGUGGUAUAUACAGUGGUGGCUAUUAUCAGUAUUCCUGGCAACUUUUUCUCCCUUUGGGUGCUCUGCUGGCACAUAAAACCCAAAACACCUUCUGUUAUCUUCAUGAUCAACCUGAGCAUCACGGAUCUCAUGCUGGCCUGCUGCUUUCCCUUCCAGAUUUCUUAUCACAUUCAGAGCAAUCACUGGAUCUUUGGCAAAACUCUUUGCAGCCUUGUGACUGUGAUGUUCUACUCCAACAUGUAUUCUUCCAUACUGACUAUGACCUGUAUCAGCAUAGAGAGGUACAUGGGCGUGGUAUAUCCCAUGAAGUUGAUCAAGUGGAGGAGAAAAAGAUAUGCCCUGGGUGCCUGCGUGGUAAUGUGGAUUUUCUUGCUACUAGCUUUCUACCCAUUGGAAAGCACAGAUCUGACCUAUGAAGUGAAAGAACUGGAGAUUAUAACCUGUUUUGAUGUCCUCAAAUGGGAGAUGCUGCCCAACUUCGCAGCCUGGGUAGCCUUUCUUCUCACUCUAUUUGUCGUGCUCUUCCUGAUUCCUUUCAUUGUAACAGUUGGAUGCUACAUCGGCACCAUUCGGAAGCUUAUUCAGACAUCAAGCAGAUAUGGUAACAAGCAGAAGACUAGAUCCAUAUACCUGGCAAUUAUAGUUCUUUUGGUAUUCAUCACUUGCUUUGCCCCCAAUAAUUUUAUCCUACUUGCACAUAUGAUUGUCCGUCUGUUUUACAAAGGGAGUUUGUACCCUGCCUACAAGCUCAGCUUAUGCUUAAGUUGCCUCAACAACUGCAUAGAUCCCUUCAUUUAUUAUUUUGCAUCUAAAGAAUUUUACCAGAAGUUCAUGCAAGUUUUUCGCCCUAAGGUACCACUGAGUGACAGCCUGGAAACCAGAAGAGAAAGCUUAUUUUCUGGCAGGACCAUGUCAGUCAGGUCGAUGUCAAGUGGACCUAUGGAUGGCUUAGAGGGAGUGAAGAUCUGCUUGCAAAGGCAAGAAAGUGUGUUCUAGCCUCAGGCAGGAAAGCACCUCCGAGUUCCAUAUGCAGAGGCAGAAAACGUUUCUUUUUGAAUAGCUACUCCUUUUUGAAUAAGUUUUCUCCAGUGACAGACAUCAAACCAUACUCAUACUGUGCAUGCUACUUUAGCAAACAACUGUUUGCUGAUAAGAAGUGCAAGCGCAAAAGAAACUGAGUUUAUUCAAAAAACCACUGAAGAAAACCCAACAUAGUUUUUUAAGGGUUAGCCUGGAAUUAGUCCAAAGGAUAAGUUUAGAACAAGAACUACAUUUAAGAUGUAUGAUUUCAAGCAUUACCCAAAGCUUGACGUCCUAGAUGAAUGUGAAAUAUUGCUGCAUAUGAGUUAAAGCUUAUGUUGAAGAGGGAUUUGGGGAAGGGGAGUUAUUUUUCUAAGCACUGUGUUUUGGGUUUUUUUAAUGUAUUGCUUUCUCUCUUGUAUUUCUAUAAAAGCUUGUCAUAUAUAUAUAUAUAAAUAGCUUGUCAUUUUACCAUUAAUGCUUAAUACAUAGCCACUGUGAAUUCACCACAACACUCACUCAACUGUUUAUCGGAAUCAAACCACACUAACCUUUGAAAAGGUUAGACUGACUCAUAUUGUUUACUUCAAUUUUAUCUAGCAAAAUAUCUCAUGCAAUGAAAGAAAAGCUAAAACAAAGAGUAUUUGAGACAACUUCAACGCAUGGAUUACAUUUUCAUUUUCUGAAAUUAUUAACUUCUCAGGAUGGAGAAGGAGGUAAAAGAAGAGAAGAUAAUGUGUUUAAAGUAAAAACAAAACAAAAAGAAAAAAAAAAAUACACAAACAAAUCCACUGCUUACUUACUUGGGAAUGUAGUGUCCAAAUCCAGCUCAUUCAGUGUCAUUUUCUUCAAGCAUGCCCUACACAGUUGCCUGCUCUAGCCCUCUAAAGAAAGAAAUAAUAAUAAUAAUUAAAAGCUAUACAAGACAUAGCACAGUACUUUCAGUAGUUUGGACGUGUGCCUCUAUUUACCUACACUUUCUGAAAAGAUACACAAGCUGGGUUUUUCCUAAGAAGUCCCAUCAUCGCAAGGCAGAAAUUCAGUUAUACAUGUUUUGCAGGUCCAUGUGAUAAUUUAGCAUGAUUUUGCCUUGCUUUCAAAUCCCUCUUCCAUCCACUUAAAGCAUUACAGCUUUCUCUCUACCAAAACUGUUUUCAACACUUCGGCAGAAACUGUUUUGUCACUUAUCAUAAUGUCCCCUUCUUUCUCCCUCUUUUUAUUUUUUUUUUCUUAACAUGCAAAUAGUUUUCUUUGUUAUUUUUCCCAGUUCUAAUGUGGAUUUUCAUUCUGUUUGAUUUUGAAUUUAAUCUUCAAGCACUUAUUGCAUCCUGAAAUGUGCUGGAAUGUCUCUAAUGUAACUGACAUCAAACAGAACAGAAAAGGCAGAAGCUUUGCACGUUGAACAUCAACUGUUAUAUUUGGAAAAAUACUGAAUUGCUCCUUUUGCAACACAGAAAAGCUGCUCACAACUGACUGAAAAUGUUCUUCUCUCCAGCUUCACUCACCAUAACACUUCAUCCUUUUCUCAACUGUGCAUCAAAAGCAAUAGGAAUGAUAUCCCAUGCAGGUACUUCUUCGUAUCAGCUGGCCUCAAGUUAGCUCACACGCAAAAUUUCAGUUUUUGUUAGUGGGAUUGUUUCCCAGAAAAGGAAUGUGGAGGCGAACAACGCUUUGAAUUUGACAGUGUAUACUAUGAAGCUUUGGGGGUUUUUUAAAAGAAGAUGAGAAGUUACUUCAAAAAUAGCCCAAUGAACUGCUCUUCGACACUGGAAACAUCCUCGAGGGACACCAGAAGGUGCAAGACUACUACCCUCCUUGUUCGGUAUAUGUGAAUUUAAAUGUAUUUAUAUGUGUAUAUGUACAUACAUAUAAGCGUGUGUAGCCAUUUGAGAGGUUAUUGUGAAGUUCAUACAUACACUGCCUUCAGUUUAGGGAAACACUGUUUCCCACAGCAUUCUCUUAAAGAAGCUGGCAGCCUGUGGCUUGGACACGUAUACUCUUUGCUAGAAUAAAGAACUGCUGCAUGAAUAGGCUGAGAGUGGUGGUGAAUGGACUUAAAUCCACCUGGUGGCCAGCCAUGGGUGGUGAUCCCCAGGGGUUGACACUGUGAUCUGUCCUACUCAAUACAAUACGACCUGGAUGAGAGCAUUGAGAGCACUCUCAGCAAGUCUGCAGAUGACACCAAGUUGGGAAGAAGUGUCGAUCUGCCUGAGGGUAGGAAGGCCUACAGAGGGAUCUGGACAGGCUGAAUCACUGCACUGAGGCCAAUGGGGUGAGGUUCAACAAGACCAAGUGCCAGGUCCUGCACUUUGGCUACAACAGUACCAGGCAACGCUACAGGCUUAGAGUGACUGGAAGACUGUGUGGAUGAAAAAGACCCGGGGGUACUGGUCAACUCUCAGUUGAACAUGAGCCAGCAGUGUGCCCAGAUGGCUAAGAAGACCAAUAGCAUCUUGGCUUCUAUCAGAAAUAGCAUUGCCAGCAGUAGCAGGGUAAUGUUAUCAUCCUCCUGUACUCAGCACUGGUGAGGCCAGACCUCAAGUACCGUGUUCAGCUUGGGGCCCCUCACUACAAGAAAGACAUCGAGGACCUGGAGUGUGUCUGUGGGAGGGUAACAAAGCUGUUGAAGGGUCUGAAGCACAAGUCUAAUGAGGAGCAGCUGAGGGAAUUGGGAUUAUUCAGUCUGAAAAAGAGGAGGCUCAGGGGAGACCUUAUCGCUCUCUACAAUGCGAAAGGAGCUUGCAGAGAGGUGGGGGAGGGAGAUAAGUGGCCUCUUAUCUCACAUAACUACUGAUAGGAAAAGAGGGAAUGGCUUCAAGUUGCACCAGGGGAGAUUAUAUCAGGUUGGAUACUGGGUAACAUUUCUUCUCUGAAAG